UGUAUUAGCCAUAUGUGCCUAGUUUUUGCUCUAUACAGGCUUCCUUAUUCACUUAGAUGUUUUUUGGCGUCUUUAGAUUGUGGUUUCUUCCUUAUUUUACUCGUAUUUUUCUCAACCUCUGUUUCUAAUGUAUUGCAAUCGGCACCUAUUAUUAGCUGUCAAAUAACUAUUUGUUUUGUCAACAUGAUAUCACUUUUACUCCUUUUAAUAUUUAUAACCAGAAUUACCGAAUAUGAACGUAAAUCUGAAGCUUCGUGUAAUGUUGCAUUUAAAAAUGAAGAAAGAGAUGUUCAGCUUAUGCAAGAUAUUAAUAGAUUAUUAAUUGACAACAUUCUCCCUCCUACUGUUGCUCACAAGUUUCUCUCACACGAUCGAAACACUGAUGAACUUUAUGCCCGCGAUCAUGAUAAUGUUUGUGUUAUGUUUGCUUCAAUUCCCAACUUUAAAGAGUAUUGGAGUGAAUGUGACCAUACUAGAAAAUUGGAGUGUCUCAGAUUAUUAAAUGAAAUUGUUUGUGAGUUUGAUAAGUUGUUGUCAAAGCCAAAGUUUAGCUGCAUUGAGAAAAUCAAAACUGUUGCAAGUACUUAUAUGGCUGCUGCAGGAUUGACUGACUCUGACAAUGCUGAUAACAGUAUUGUCGAGUUUGCACAGGCAAUGGCUUCUGUAUUGGAUCAACUAAACAUCGACUCGUUUCAGAAUUUUGAACUUCGUAUAGGUAUAAAUGUCGGCCCAGUUGUUGCUGGUGUUUUAGGGCAAAAACCUCAAUAUGAUAUUUGGGGUAAUUCUGUUAAUAUUGCCAGUCGAAUGGAUAGUUCAGGAGUUAUUGGUUAUAUUCAAGUAAAUGAAGAAACUAAACAAAUUUUAUCAAAAAAGAAAUCAGAUUAUCCGUGGAUUCAUAGAGGAGAAAUUAAUAUAAAGGGAAAAGGGCCAAUGAUCACUUAUUUACUCAAACUUUCUCGGAAAAACAGAAUUAAUUUUUAUAAAUUAAUUUAA